UAGUUGCUUAAUGCUUAUAUUUCUUGUCAAGUCCACAACAAGCGGACGACAAAUACCGUCCAUUUGCCGUUGGACGUUCGGAGGUGACACACAGACCCGCACGCACAGAAUAUUUUUUUGUUUCCCAAACAACUGAAAAAAUUUAUAAAUAACAACGAACGCCCCCGCCAACAGCAACAAAUCAUAUUUGUAUCAAUUAUGUCGCAUCUAUUGAAUGGCUUGGCGCAGCCAGAGUUGCAAGAGACCGUCCUACCCUACGGCAAUUUGGAUGCAACGGCUAAGGAGCUGUUGCGAGCCGCCUAUCAGGUGCGCCAGCGCGCCUAUGCGCCAUAUAGUAAUUUUAAAGUGGGCGCUGCUUUUCGUGCCAAAGAAAAUAGCCGGGAAAUCUUUACUGGUUGCAAUGUGGAAAAUGCCGCAUUUACGCCAACAUCGUGCGCCGAACGUACGGCCAUUACCAAGGCCGUCAGCGAAGGUUAUCGCCAGUUCUCAUCUGGUGCUGUGGUCGCCUAUAAGCCAGAUGUGUUUAUCUCGCCCUGUGGCGUGUGCCGUCAAUUUAUCAGAGAAUUUGCGGGCAGCACUGACAUACCCAUUUAUAUAGCCCAGGCCAAUGACGCGCAGUCGCAGCAGGAGCAACAGGAGGAGCCUUUCAACAGUGACGAUCCAAUCCUUUGUACAUCCAUUUUCAAUCUACUGCCACACAGUUUCCACACCUAUUGAGAGACCUGGAGAAAGUGCAAGACUAGUCCCAAUUAUAUUGUCUAAUUUUGUUUAAUGCAUGCAAUAAAAAUU